AUUUUAGGGCAACCUGGUGUAAGCAUGGAACGCUGCAGAACAUCUCCGUAGACUUUGAAUUUUUAAGGCCUCACCUUACAGGAAUUGAAUUUGAUAGUGCCAUCAGAUUCUCAUCGUCCCAGCUGGAAUAAUUUGUGCUUAAUCGAUUGUUAUCAUCGUUUUUCAUCAUGGGAAACAUACAAGCAGUUCAAGCUGCGAGUGCUCCCCCUCCCCCCACCAUGCCGCCGCCUCCACCAGGCAUGCCUCCUCCUCCUUCAGCAGGACCUGAAAAGUCAGAAAAUGCCCAAUUUCAGCCCCCUAUGCCUCUGCCACCAGACUCCUCAUCUGUCAAGAAUCCAGGAACCAUGGAAGACCUCCAUAAACAAUGCAAAGAUGUGUUUCCAACCAACUUUGAGGGUGCAAAACUUAUGGUGAACAAGGGACUAAGUAACCACUUUCAAGUUUCACAUACUAUUAAUUUGAGCUCUGAAACGCCCUCUGGUUACCGUUUUGGAGCCACUUAUGUUGGCACCAAACAGUUUACAUCAAAUGAAGCUUUUCCCAUUUUGUUGGGUGACAUAGAUCCAAGUGGAGACCUCAAUGCCAACAUCAUCCAUCAAUUCACACCAAAGCUUAAAACAAAAUUUGCAACUCAGGUCAAGAAAAGUAAAUUCAAUGCUGUCCAAAUGACAGCUGAUUACAGAGGCUCAGAUUAUACUUUCACAGCUACUGCUGCCAAUCCCGACAUCAUAAAUGAAUCAGGUGUUCUGGUUGGACAUUACUUGCAGUCCGUUUCAAAAAGUACUGACCUAGGAGCAGAACUGGCAUAUCAGUAUGGCCCACAGGUUCCAGGAGGAGAAAUUGCUGUCUUAUCAAUAGCUGGCAGGUAUUCAGGGAAAGACUAUGUGUUUAGUGGUACUGCAGGUACAUCUGCCUUGCAUUUAUGCUACUUUCAGAAGGCAAGUGAUCAGCUUGCUCUUGGUGUUGAAUUUGACACAAAUUUCCGCAUGAUGGAGUCAACAGCAUCCCUUGCUUAUCAAAUUGAUGUUCCUAAAGCAGACCUAUCUUUCAAAGGUAUGGUUGACACCAACUGGACUAUUGGCGGAGUAUUAGAGAAAAAACUGACACCAUUACCUUUCUCAUUUGCCCUGAGUGGGUUGCUUAAUCAUAGUAACAGUAACUUUAGGUUGGGAUGUGGGCUCAUGAUUGGAUAAAAUAUAGGUGUUAUAUUUUUUUUUACCUUAGAGGACUGUAAUUUGACAUUUGGUUGUGCAUUUGGCUUGGGCAUACAAAUACCAUAUUAAUUUGGUGUUCUAUUGAUGUGAGGAUGAAUUAGCCGACAACCAUGUGAUGUCCUCUCACAUCUAUUGAGAUGUCGUUUUUUGCCUUAAUAGUCAUUUGAUGUGAGUUCAAUCCUCUUGUCUGCCAUGAGUUGCUUGAGCCUUAUGCUGCCCAAUGCAUUUAUGAACUCAUUCAUUCCCCAUGCCAGAUCAGUGUACUAUUUUGCGCUUGUCAACGUUUUUGAAUUCAUGUAGCAUAGAUGUAGGAUGAAUAGGAUUUUACAGACAGGCAAGUAAUGCUUUGGCAUAAUCCAUGCGAAAUUUCUUAGCUCUACCAGAGUGAGUUUUUUCAAUACAUUGCCCUGCAAAAAAAUUAUUUCUUAAUUUUAUUUGUUAUCAUCAACCUAUCCAUUUUUCAUAAUUAUUUAUGUGUAGAACUGAGGUGCAAAUUACGUUUUAUCUCAAAUUCAAAUGUUCCAAAUACAUUUCUCGUUAAAUUUGGGGCUUAACUUAGGCAUAUUGUUUUUACUUGCUUUCCCUACAAUCAGUACUUUCCUGUACAAGCUCAGAUUAUGAAAUUGUUAAACAUGCUUGAGAUAUAGGUACAGCACACUAAUGUUCUAGUCACUGUUAUUCAAUUCUGUUGAACUAGUUUUAAAGAUACCUGAACAAAUCUAGUUUUAGAAAGGCCUGAACAGCUUAAAAUCCUGAGCUAUUUGAGAGGUCUUUUGUUUGGAAAAUUUGUUAAACAUAUUGGUAAUGGAAGAAAUGAGCAUGUCUGUCUGUCAUAGCAAGACUAAAGGGUACAAGACCAAAUGCUGGGGUAAUCAUACAGUUCUCUACUACUCAUUGUUACAAUCACUUCAGGGUGGGGAAGUGUGACAGAUGUUUCAGUAUGUUGGUGGAAGCUGUUUGACCACUUGAUGGGGCAAAGUUUGGCUCAUGUUCAUGUUUUAUCUGACUCAUCGUGUCUUGUCAGAGUGGCUAUAGGGUAACUAUUGAAAAUGAAAAUAAAUGAGACAGUAGUGACAAAGA